GGUCUCGAGCUCUUCUUUCUUUUUUGCGUCGGGCGCCUGGCUAGUGUCGUGCUAUUAGGCUUGGUUGUCGGGUGGGAGGGCUGCCCAGUCCCGGUGGGGCUGCCUGUUCUUGGACCGGUGAAGGUCUGAAUAGGAUGCCUCGGUGCUCCGUCCGCAGCCGUCAGCGCCGUCACUUGCCCCCGGCUCUACAAGCUCGUAGCGCGACGACAACAAAAGCGGGCGCUGCUUGUCGGGACGGGCUGGUUCGUCGCGAGCCUACUACGCCGUAGGCGGGCCUUUCAUUCAUCAGGACGGCUCGACGGGGCCGCUGGAGGGCUGCGAUAAAACCCGCCAUUUAUGAGGUAGAGCAGAGUAUGAGCAGAGUCGUCGCCGCGCGCACACACGGACCGACCACACCCGCGGCCUCAGAUUCGAAGCUCCGUAAAGUCGUUUGAGCGCUGGAACGCUCUCAAACUCGCUGGCGCCGGCGAAACCGGGCGCUAAGAGAGAGCACUUCUUGUGUCAGCUAGAGCGACAGCGCCGACGAGAAGCGACCACAGAAAUGGCCUACCACGGCUACGCCGCGCGGCCGCCGCGGCCGCCGCCGCCGCCGGCACCCUACCACAGACAACAACAACCGAAUGGCUACGCGCGCGCCGCCCCGGCAACGAACGGCUACCGCACGCAACCGAAGGACCGGCCGCCCGUGCGACGGACGACGAACGGCACACAACCAAGAAAACAGCGACGAGGCCAGGGCAGUCUAGAACGAAGACGCGAAGCCCGAGCGGCGGCUAGGGCCGCCGUCGCCUCGGGGAGCUCGUUGAGCGCAGUAGCAGCAACGUUCCAACCGCCGUUCCAGCCGAUGCCCCAGGAGGAGCCUACUUCUCAAUGGCCGGGCUACCGCGUGAUCUGUGAACAGCUCGGCGACGAGGACCCGAGAAACCGAGCGUCGGCCGUCCAAACUCUACGCCUGAUGACGCAUCAUCAGCCGUCACAGAACCCGUGGGGCGGGCCCGCGCACCGACCGGCCGCCGCUGUGAGGGCGGUCGUCGAGCACGACGGCGUCGCUCCUUUAGUAGGACUACUCUCACAGGAAUCAAAUCCCGAAUCGCAGAUCGCCGCCGCCGAUGUCCUGCGACAGGUCGUAUCUACGAGUAGACCCCAACAACAGCCGCAACGCCUGGAAACGGUCAUGCGCGAAGACAUCACCGCGCCUAUAGUAGGCAUGCUCGGCUCUGACCGUGAACGAGUUCGAAGUUCAGCAUUAGGCGCUAUCUCGCAAUUAGCCAGGGCAGGUGGCGAAGCGAGACAUCGCGUCUUCUCGGAGCCGUUCCUACUGCCGCGCUUGCUGGACGUCACAGAAUGUCUGCAAGAGAAGCCGGGCGACGUCGACGACGCCGUCGGUGCUGACUCAGCGUGGGAAAUGAACUUGAACGUGACGUGGUCGCGUCGACGCCGUCGCUGCGAUGGCGUGUUGCCUCGACGCCGUCGACGUGGCCGCCAGAGGGUCCACGCGUCUCGCCGGCGGGCCGCGGCGGUUUCGCGACGGAGUCAAUUCCACACAGGCGUGCUCCAGCUCAUGCUGGACGACGAACAGACGUCGCAAGAGGCGAAGGAGGCCAUCGUGAAGCGGCCUGGGGUUGUGGAAAGCAUCGUCGCGACGGCGACGCGGGCCUUGCCGCCGGCCGAGGAAGCGGCGUUGCAAGCGCGCGGUUGCGACCUCGACCAAACGACGGAGAAUUCAGUAAGCGCCCAGAACGCCACCAAAGCGCUCGUAGGUUUGGGUAGGGAAGGCAUCAGCGAGGCCGCGAAAGCAGUAGUAGGUGUUUUAGAAGACAACGACGACUGGGCCAAGAAGCAGGCGGCCAUGGCGACGAUGCGGACGCUGAUUGAUUCGGAGGUGGCCUGUGAAGAAUCAGCAGUAUUAUCAGAUGAUGACGAAGAGCCGCCGGGCGCGUUGCAGGCCGUGCGCGACGCCGGCGGUGUGGAAAAAGUUGUGGAGUUGUUGGAGGACGGCGACGAGUGGGGCCAGGCCUCCGCAGCACUAACGCUCCAGACCUUCGUCCGAGCCGGCGACGCAGUUGAUGAUGAAGAGGUUGACGAGGAGACGCUACGUUCGGAGCUCGCCGAGACGGACACGGUGCAGAAACUCGUUACUAUGUUGUCCAGAGGUCAUGAAAGGCCAGCAGCGGCGGUCCAAGCGGCGGGCGCUCUCGCAGCUCUCGUGGAACCGCAGGAACACGAAGAGCCCCAAAAGGACAUCUUGCGGACGCAGCUGAAGGAGGCCGUGAACGAGGACGACUCCGUGAUUCCCACCGUGGUCAAUUUGUUGCAGAAUGUUCUUGAAGAGGAUGAUAAUGAUGGCACGGCGGCUCGGGAUCUUGCCGAGACUCUGCGGAACGUCGCGGACGGAGAUCUGUCGAACCAGCUGCAGAUCCGCGAUGCCGGUGGUGUGCGGCCGUUGCUGGAGGUCGUCGCGCAAGAAGAAGACAUCGGAAAAGCUUUGCUGGCGUCGUCGACGGCGGCGUUGCGGUGUCGGGAUGAUGUGCAAGUCCGAGUGGGGCUGCCGUGUCGCGAAGAAAGGCUGUACGCGCGGCUCGUGGCGCAUCCCGCUGGUUUUCGGAGAUGGUUUGUUAGACAUCAAUUAGCCGAGAGGUCCAGGAGGCGGACGUUAGAAGCUCUUGAGGAUGCGCGGCGCCUGAAGCAACUGAUGGGGUUAUGUAGGGACGAGAAGGAGGAUUUGUUGUCGCGGUUGGAUGGCGCGAGGCCGGCGUCGCCGCGCGGCGAGUUGCGACGACCUUUAGAUGCGUCUGUGGUUGUGCCGGCCCGGCUGCGGCCGCGGCCGGGCGGCGCGGCGCCGGCGGGCUCGGGGUUGGUGCGCUACGAGCUCCUCCAGUGCGAGAUGCGCGAGCUCGAGGAGCUCGAGGCGUCCGUGCUCGGCUAUCAGCCCACUCAUCAAAUUAUUGAUGACGCGGCGAACCCGGCGGCGGAGCUCCAGCUGCUCAACACGACGCUGGCCGUGCUCGGGUCCGAGCCGCUGGCUUGAAUUAUGAUAUCGUUGUAAGUAUUCUUGAAUUUACACACACAACACGCAGAC